AUGGCUAGCACCGUUAUUCAAGAAGCUUUCGACGCUGCUAUCACCAAGCUUACCAAUCUUAUUACUGCAAGUAUUACUGCUGUUAAUGCUGGUAUAGCUACAAUUAACACAAGAUUUUUUGGUUGUACCCCAAAGAAGAGUUUUAUUCUUCAAAUUCAUGACAGUGAGGAUGAAGAUAUUCAAGAAAGACAUCAAGAAAAAAUUUGGAUUGAAGACAAAAGGCUUAAGUCUUCACAAAAUCCUUACAGUUCUUUGCCUGAAUACAAAUUGAAGGCUGACAUUCCAAGUUUUAAUGGUAGUUUCAGAAUUGAAGAACUUUUAGAUUGGUUUUAUGAAGUUGAGGCUUUCUUUCAAUUUAUGGAGAUUCCAGAUCAUUCUAAAGUUCGACUUGUUGCAUAUAAGCUUAAAGGAGGUGUUGCUGCUUGGUGGGAGAGAUUAUGUGAUGAAAGAGUUAACACUUCCAAGCCUCCUAUUCGUACUUGGGAUCGCAUGCACAAAUUACUGCGAGGAUUUCCUGCAACUACAAGACUUCAACACUGUAGACAAGGAGCACGGUUAGUCGAGGAAUAUGUCGCAGAAUUCUAUAAUCUUCUUGCUCGUAAUGAACUGCAUGAAUCAGAAGAACAACUAGUAGCAAGAUUUGUAGAGGGUUUGAAUACUUUGAUUCAACAAGGAAUGGUUCAGUCAGUAUUCACCAUGGUAGACGCUAUUCAACAGGCGAUUGAAAUUGAACGUCGACUUCUUCGUUUAGCUAAGAUCUCCCAACCUAGACAAAGUCGUUAUCAAGGUAAUUACAAACCUAAUACUUCAUAUCCAAAUUUUUCUCAAGAAGUUACUCCAAUGUAUUAUUCAAAGUAUUCAUAUCAAGAUGAUAGUAGCCAUGCUUAUCGUAAACCAACCUAUACUACACUUUAUACGCCUCCUCAUUUGAAUACUGCACUUAUAUUACCGACUCCAAUAAAGAUUCAAGCUGUUCAACAGACUCAAGUUCAACAAAAUCGAGUUGCUGAUAAGUGCAAUAAAUGGCUACAGCCUGGACAUACGUCUAGUGAAUGUCGGAAAAUUAAUGCUUUUAUUGGCGACACUCAGUUCAUUAAUGAAGUCAAUGAUGAUUUUAAUGAACUCGAUGAAGAAGAUUCACCUGAAACUCAAGAUGAAGAUGAAUUUGUUGGUAUGAUUCGUCCACUUCUUCUUACACAACCAUGUCCUUCUCAAAGGCACAAUAUCUUUCGAUCAAAAUGCUAUAUUGGUGGUAAAUUUUGUAACAUGAUCAUUGAUGGUGGAAGUGUCGAUAAUUAUGUUGCUGCUCACGUGGUUAAAAAGCUUGGUCUACCAGUGCAUCCUCAUCCAGUACCUUACUUUGUAGGAUGGGUUAAUAAAUCAACUACUCAAGAUAUCACUCACCAAUGUUAUGUAACUUUCAAGUUUGACGGCUAUGAAGAUUCAGUUCUUUGUGAUGUUAUUGAUUUGACUGCAACACAUCUUCUUCUUGGUCGACCCUGGAAAUACGAUAUUCAAGCACUUAUACCUAAUCAAGCACAUUACAGAUUGAGUCCUACUGAGCAUGAGAUUUUGCAAGGUCAAGUGAAUGAUUUAAUUCAAAAAGGUUUGAUACGACCUAGCAACAGCCCUUGUGCUAGGCCUGGUUUCUUAGUUAGCAAGAAAGAUGGUGGAUGGAGGAUGUGUAUCGAUUGCAGAGCAUUAAAUCGAAUCACAAUUCCUUAUCGAUUUCCUAUACCUCGUAUUGAUGACAUGAUCAAAUUUCUUUCGGGUUCUAUUAUAUUCACAAAGUUGGACUUACGUAGUGGAUAUCAUCAAAUACGAAUUCGAGAAGGAGAUGAAUGGAAGACAUCAUUCAAGACGCGUGAAGGAUUAUAUGAAUGGCUUUUCAUGCCAUUUGGAUUAUCUAAUGCACCAAGUACCUUUAUGCGACUCAUGAAUCAGGUUCUCCAACCUUUUCUUAGCAAAUUUGUUAUCGUAUAUUUUGAUGACAUUCUGAUUUUUAGUCGAAACGAGCAAGAGCACCUUGAUCAUCUAUCACAAGUAUUUCAAGUUCUUGUUGACAAUUACUUAUAUGUUAAUUUGAAAAAAAGAUUUGUGAAGAAUUUUAGCAGUAUUUUUGCACCCCUAACUGACUGCCUCAAGAAAGAGAAGUUUGAAUGGACAGAAGCAAUGGAUAUAAGUUUUAAUGCUUUGAAAGAAAAACUUUAUACUGCACCAAUUCUUGUUUUACCAAAUUUCGAAAAACCUUUUGAGAUAGAUUGUGAUGCUUCCAUUGUUGGCAUUGACGCUGUUUUAUCACAAGAAGGUCAUCCAAUAGCAUAUCACAGUGAAAAUAAUUCAGAUGCACAGAAAAAAUGGUCUACCUAUGAAUUAGAGUUACUUGCUCUUGUUCAGGCUCUCAAACAGUGGCAUGCUUAUUUGAUACAUAGAGAAUUUGUUGUCAAUACUGAUAACCAUGCACUGAAAUUUUUGAAUACUUCUGCUAAAGUUAACAGGAUGCAUGAUCGAUGGUUAGCUACAAUCAACAAUAUACCUUCUCUGUGA